AUGUCCUUCAAGGAGCACGACCAGGGCCUCGCCCCUGGCCUGAUGGAGGCCCGGGAGAAGGAGGUCAUGGACGAGAUCGACAAGCUAAUCGACAAGAAGCUACACUUUGCCCUGGCUCGAAUCAUCCCAAGCGACCCGGACGCUGCCCGCAUCGUCGAGGACCCCGAUAUCAAGGAGCAGGCAAACAACCUCAAGACCGCGGUUGCCGCCAUCGUGGAGAGACACGAAUGCAUCAUCUCCACCAUCGCCAAGUCGAAGAAGGACAAGGACAGUGACAAGCCUUCUUCGGAAUACCAGAACUACUGA